GCGGAUGGAAGUGGAGAAUGAAAUCGACUCAGAAAGCUUCCGGGCGAGUACUAAACUAACUUUGUGUGCACUUCCACAUUUAUAUAAAAAAAGAGAAAAAUCAAUUUUGCUAUUUCGUAUUACAAAUCGGAUAAGAACCUAAAUAACUUUCCAUAGCAUCCGAAAACUUAAAUUCAAGGGUUUAACCGCACAUAUUACAAACCAACCAGUUUCAAGAGCUUAAUUUUCAACAAUCAUGAAUAAAAUAGAUAUAAUCCUCGGUUUACCGACCACAAUCGAAGACAAUUUUACAAACGAACUUAAUAAAACAUUAAAUAGAACCGAAUUAAUAUACAGAAAUGGCUCCUUUUAUACAUACACGACCAGUAUCGCUGUUGAUGGCGAGUCUUCCUUGAGAAAAUCAAUAGUGUUCUUUUUAGUAGCGAUAAAAACCACUGUAAUGAUAUUCAUAAUCAUAGCAGCAUUGUUCGGUAAUUUAUUAGUUAUAGUAUCCGUUAUGAGGCACCGAAAAUUACGUGUAAUCACAAACUAUUUCGUUGUAAGCUUGGCCCUAGCAGACAUGCUGGUAGCUAUAUGGGCGAUGUGCUUCAAUUUUAGUGUAGAGGUGACCGGUGGUGUUUGGCUCUUUGGUUACUUUAUGUGCGACGUGUGGAAUUCUUUAGACGUGUAUUUCUCAACUGCGUCUAUAUUACAUUUAUGUUGUAUUAGUGUUGAUAGAUAUUACGCGAUAGUGCAACCCCUCGAUUAUCCUUUAAUAAUGACUACAACCCGUUUGGCUAUAAUGCUCAGUAUAGUAUGGUGUAGCCCCGCGUUGGUCUCAUUUUUACCAAUAUUUAUGGAAUGGUACACCACAGAUGUUCAACUUGCAUUUAGAAAGAAAAAUCCUCAAGUGUGUACGUUCACCGUGAAUAGAACCUACUCUGUUAUUUCAUCCAGCGUAAGCUUUUGGGUCCCUGGAAUGGUUAUGAUACUUAUGUAUUAUAAGAUUUAUAUGGAAGCUGAUCGACAAGAACGAAUGUUAUAUAGGAGUAAAGUGGCUGCGGCUCUUUUAAACAAACAUCUCCAAAUCAAUGGAAUCUCUGCCGGCCUUACCACCCUUCCACAAACUGUAGACAUGAAUUUGGUGGAGGAAAAAUCGGUCGAUCCCGGUGCAAGUAACAAGAUGAAACGGGAACGGAAAGCUGCUAGGACUUUGGGGAUUAUCGUAUCGGCUUUCCUUGCAUGCUGGUUACCUUUCUUCUUGUGGUACGUGAUAACAUCACUGUGUGGUCCGGAAUACUGCUACAGCCCUCCAGGGGUCGUCACGCUAGUUUUCUGGAUUGGGUACUUCAACUCAGCUCUAAAUCCCGUUAUAUACGCGUACUUCAACAGAGAAUUCAGGGUUGCAUUUAAGAAGACGUUACAAAACUGCUGUCGUCUUUCGCCGAGACUUAUGUGUGGUUUAAGAUGUAGGUCAAGAGGUGAUCGGGGAAAUUAUAGCAACGCUUCCAGUGAAAUACACCUAAAUAAUCAUCACGUGAAACCGUUGGAACACCGGAAAACCAAUCUUAAUUUUCCCGGAUCACAUCCGGAUAUCAUCCAUCAUCAAAGGCUCAGCUAUAACAUAUCGGAAGGCGAGGUUAUCACGUUGCAAAGCGAGGCGGUAAUCUAAAAGCUCAAAUAAAAGAAUCAUAUUGGUUAGUGACGUUAGUGUGGAAGAAAUGUGGUCCAAAAGGCAGUAUUAAGCCGAUGAGAAUCAAUUUAAGUCCGGAAGAACCUUUGUAUACAUAUCGACCUUUAUUGUUUUUACGUAUAUGUAUUGUAUAUGUAAAUGUCUUUCUGUGAUAUAGAUCCAGUCAAGUAUUGUAAUCUAGUCCAACAAUAAAAUAUAUAAAUAUAAUUAUAGUUUGAAAAAUA